UGGGUAAUGCUAACUAAGUACAGUGUUGUUAAUUCGUUAGCCAUUGCUGUCCGUUUUCAGCAACGCUACAAUUUGCUAGCCAACUUGCUCCAGUCUUGAUGAAAGAUUUUACCCUGUUUCACCACAUGAGUGCGCGCAUGUACCAUUUCUGGCAAAAUGGAGAUAGCCACAUUCAGUACUCAGUUGGAGUCGGUGGGUUCGUGAAAACAUUCCGCAAAACACUGCCGACACAAUCUCUUCGGAAGCUGGCGAUUCAGCGCGCUACUUGUGUUGCAAGAUCCUGCAAUGCUGCUUAUUUACUCUUAUCUUGGAAACAAAGUGGCGUCUUUGGUCAUUUUCACGUCAUGCUUACUAAUCGGCGUUGCUGUCGGCGAUUUGAAAGGAGCCGGCUCACCGGUCCAGGAGGAUGAUGAGCACAGUCAGGGAAGACCUCUCAGCCUGAAUGAGGUAGUGUUUGUAAUCCAGAGUCAGAAGAACUCCUUCCAUGUGAAGCGGGCGGAGAAGUGCCGGACCGAGCUGCUGAAGCAGGCUGUGGACCUCAGACAGAAGCCACCUGCUGUACUGCUACUCCACAGCCUGUCGGAUAAUGAAGGAGACUGGAGCAUUCUCCCCUUACUGCCUUACUUCUCUGCCAGCUUUGGGAAAAACUCCUCCUGGAUGGUGUUCCUUGAAGAGGAAACCAACGUGAAGGUUGGCAGACUGCUGCAGAUGCUUGAGAGAUUUGACAGAGGGAAAGAGUGGUUCCUGGGGAGGCCUCUUUAUGACAGGGAGUCCACCAUCAUUCACCACUACGCCUUCGCCGACAACCCCUCGGUCUUUAAGUACCCCGAUUUCGCCGCCGCCUGGGCCCUGAGCCUGCCGCUCGUCAAUCGGCUCGCCCAGAAAGUGAGAGACGAGCCACUUAAAUCCGAUUUCACCAUCGACCUGAAGCACGAGAUCGCGCUCUACAUCUGGGCGGAAGGGGCCGGGCCUCGUCUGACUGCGGCCCCCGAGCUGUGCACUGAGCUGGAGGGCUCUCCCAGGGCCAAGCAGUGUGCGACGACCCUCAGCACCUACCUGCCCCAGUGUGGGGAGCCAGUGAAGAAAGAGGACAUCUUUGUCGCAGUGAAGACUUGCAAAAAGUUCCACGAAGAGAGAGUCCCAGUGGUGAAGAGAACUUGGGAGAAACACGCAGCUCUGCUGGAGUACUACAGCGACCACACCGACCACUCCAUACCCACCAUUGACCUGGGAGUGCCGAACACAGAGAGAGGGCAUUGUGGGAAAACCUUUGCCAUCCUGGAGAGGUUUUUGAGCGACGCAGUGGCUCAUACAGAAUGGCUGCUGAUUGUAGAUGAUGACACUCUGAUCAGCCUUCCCAGACUGCAGGCCCUGUUGGGCUGUUACAGGCCCGGUGAGCCACUAUGCCUGGGUGAGAGAUACGGCUAUGGCCUGGGCCAAGGUGGCUACAGCUACAUCACGGGUGGAGGAGGGAUGCUGUUCAGCAGAGCCGCGGUGCAAAGGCUGCUGGGAAGUGGCUGUAAAUGUUACAGUAACGACGCCCCUGACGACAUGGUCCUGGGGAUGUGUCUCAACGCCCUGGGGCUCCCGGUCACCCACAGCCCCCUUUUCCACCAGGCAAGGCCAGAGGAUUAUUCCCCGGAUUUCCUGGCUCAUCAGAUUCCCAUCUCCUUCCACAAACACUGGAACAUCGACCCGAUCGCCGUCUUCAACAAGUGGCUGGUGGACGACACGGAGGACACGGACUCCGACAGGCCGCACAGAAACGCCAGAGAGGAGUUAUAGUCACUGAGCUGGAGCGCUCGGACUGGCCUGCAUUGCCUAAGGUGUGAUGUGAUACGCGCGAAACGUGCUGUUUGUGUAAUGUGUCAAGCGUUUUGCCUUGAGAGAAAGAGAGAGUUUGUGUGUGUGUGAGAGAGAGAGUAUGUGUGUGCGCAUCUUCGUUAACAUGACUGUUCAGGUGUACUGAUUUUGUAGUCAUGGGCGAGCAGAACUGUUGUCAGUAUUUACGCUUGGCUGGAGUAAAUGUUUUCAUGAGUGUGAAUCUUGCACAGCCUUUUACACUGGAGGUGCAUGCUACCCUCUGUCCAUGACUGUGUACGAGGCCUUUUUAUCAAACGAGACUGAACUUGAGUUAUCUGUGUGUUUAAAAGAACAUGGUUCUUUUAUCAUGUGAUAUUUAUAUAAUAAUGUAUGCAAUUCCUUAUAAAGGAUUAGAAGUUUUUUUUGUUAAUGAAGCAUUUCUACAGUGCAAUGAAUGCUGUACAACGUGAUCUAUUUUGAUAUAAAAAG